ACUCGCAUAUAUUAGGCAAUUCAAUCUUUCAUUCUGUGUGACAGAAGUAGUAGGAAGUGAGCUGUUCAGAGGCAGGAGGGUCUAUUCUUUGCCAAAGGGGGGACCAGAAUUCCCCCAUGCGAGCUGUUUGAGGACUGGGAUGCCGAGGACGCGAGCGAGCCGGGCAGGGUUUGUCUGGGCACCGUCGGGGUAGGAUCCGGACCGCAUUCGGAAGGCUUUUUGCAGGCAUUUGCUUGGAAGGAGAACUUGGGAUCUUUCUGGGAACCCCCGCCCCGGCUGGAUUGGCCGAGCAAGCCUGGAAAAUGGUAAAUGAUCAUUUGGAUCAAUUACAGGCUUUUAGCUGGCUUGUCUGUCAUAAUUCAUGAUUCGGGGCUGGGAAAAAGACCAACAGCCUACGUGCCAAAAAAGGGGCAGAGUUUGAUGGAGUUGGGUGGACUUUUCUAUGCCAUUUGCCUCCACACCUAGAGGAUAAGCACUUUUGCAGACAUUCGGUGCAGGGGAGAUCAUGUUUGACUGUAUGGAUGUUCUGUCAGUGAGUCCUGGGCAAAUCCUGGAUUUCUACACUGCGAGUCCGUCUUCCUGCAUGCUCCAGGAGAAAGCUCUCAAAGCAUGCUUCAGUGGAUUGACCCAAACCGAAUGGCAGCAUCGGCACACUGCUCAAUCGAUUGAAACGCAAAGCACGAGCUCCGAGGAACUGGUCCCCAGCCCUCCGUCUCCGCUUCCUCCCCCUCGUGUGUACAAACCCUGCUUCGUCUGCCAGGACAAAUCAUCCGGGUACCACUAUGGGGUCAGCGCCUGCGAGGGCUGCAAGGGGUUUUUCCGCAGAAGUAUUCAGAAGAACAUGAUUUACACUUGUCACCGAGAUAAGAACUGUGUUAUUAAUAAAGUCACCAGGAAUCGAUGCCAGUACUGCCGACUCCAGAAGUGCUUUGAAGUGGGAAUGUCCAAAGAAUCUGUCAGGAAUGAUAGGAACAAGAAAAAGAAGGAGCCUUCGAAGCAGGAAUGCACGGAAAGCUAUGAGAUGACGGCUGAGCUGGACGAUCUCACAGAGAAGAUCCGGAAAGCUCACCAGGAAACCUUCCCGUCACUCUGCCAGCUGGGUAAAUACACCACGAACUCCAGUGCUGACCAUCGAGUCCGACUGGACCUGGGCCUCUGGGACAAAUUCAGUGAAUUGGCCACCAAGUGCAUUAUUAAGAUUGUGGAGUUUGCUAAACGUCUGCCCGGCUUCACCGGCUUGACCAUUGCAGACCAAAUCACCCUGCUGAAGGCCGCCUGCCUGGACAUUCUGAUUCUUAGAAUUUGCACCAGGUAUACCCCAGAACAAGACACCAUGACUUUUUCAGAUGGCCUUACCCUAAAUCGAACUCAGAUGCACAAUGCUGGAUUUGGUCCUCUGACUGACCUUGUGUUCACCUUUGCCAACCAGCUCCUGCCUUUGGAAAUGGAUGACACAGAAACAGGCCUUCUUAGUGCCAUCUGCUUAAUCUGUGGAGACCGCCAGGACCUUGAGGAACCAACAAAAGUAGAUAAGCUACAAGAACCACUGCUGGAAGCACUAAAAAUUUAUAUCCGAAAGAGACGACCCAGCAAGCCUCACAUGUUUCCAAAGAUCUUAAUGAAAAUCACAGAUCUCCGCAGCAUCAGUGCUAAAGGUGCAGAACGUGUAAUUACCUUGAAAAUGGAAAUUCCUGGAUCAAUGCCACCUCUCAUUCAGGAAAUGCUGGAGAAUUCUGAAGGACAUGAACCCUUGACCCCCAGUUCGAGCGGGAACCCAGCGGAGCACAGUCCCAGCAUCUCACCCAGCUCGGUGGAAAACAGCGGGGUCAGUCAGUCACCACUGGUGCAAUAAGACACUUUCCAGCCACUUCAAACAUUCCCCAGUACCUUCAGUUCCAGGAUUUAAACCGCAAGAAAGAAACAUUUUUACUGCUGCUUAGUUUUCGGACUGAAAAUAUAUUAAAACUCAAGAAGGACCAAGAAGUUUUCAUAUGUAUCAAUAUUUACUCCUCACUGUCUAACUUACCUAGAAAUACAAACUUUUUAAAUUCUAAAACUCAGCCAUUUCGUGCAACCAGAAACUAGUUAAAAGCUUCUAUUUUCCUCUUUGAACACUCAAGAUUGCAUGGCAAAGACCCAGUCGAAAUGAUUUACCCCGGUUAAGUUUCUGAAGACUUUGUACAUACAGAAGUAUGGCUCUGUUCUUUCUAUACUGUAUGUUUGGUGCUUUCCUUUUGCCUUGCAUACUCAACCAAGACACCGAGGUUGCGGAACAGACUACUGCACGCGUCCAGCUAAGAGAGGCUCAAAAAAAUAACUUGCUUUCACAGAGUAAUCAGGACACCAAGGUAAGGAAAGGGGACUGUUGUACAGUAUGACAAAGCUAGAGAGAAGUCUAAUUUAGUUAGUACGGAAGCUUGUCCUUGCUCUUUCUGACGCUCUCAAACUGCGUCUUCUAUUUCAUGUUGCCCAGUAAAAAGAUACAAAUUCACUGCACUAGCAGAAGAGAAUUCUGUAUCGGUGUAACUGCCAGUUCAGUUAAUCAGAUGUCAUUUGUUCAACUGUUAAUGUCACUUUAAGAGUGGUUUAUCUUAAUGACAUAACUACACAAUUUUUUUUUUAAAGAUACAUUUUUACAGUAAUGGUAGCCUCCAAGGCAGAAACACUUUUCAGUGUUAAUAAGUUUUUGUUUACCUGUUCACAAGCCAUUAGGGAAAUUUCAUGGGAUAAUUACAGACUGGUCUACCACCUACACCGUGUAACUCCAGUGUCCUUCCUCAUUCAUGCCUGGUAUUGAGGGUUUUUUUUUUUUUUUUUCCUAGCCUCCUUGAUGCCCGGGGGCUAGUAUGAACCCCUAAAGGCAUGGACAGAGAAUCUGCAUCCUUUGACCUUGUUCAAUCACUAUGAAGCAGAGUGAAAGCUGUGGUAGAGUGGUUAACAGAUACAAGUGUCAGUUUCUUAGUUCUCAUUUAAGCACUAGUGGAUUUUUUUUUUUUUGAUAUAUUAGCAAGUCUGUGAUGUACUUUCACUGGCUCUGUUUGUACAUUGAGAUUGUUUAACAAUGCUUUCUAUGUUCAUAUACUGUUUACCUUUUUCCAUGGAGUCUCCUGGCAAAGAAUAAAAUAUAUUUAUUUUAA